AUGUCAGCUCUCGUGGCGAUUUCGACCCGUACGCAGGGGUCUUAUGAGAAGAGACAGAGCAGACGGGGACGACCGUUCAGGGUUCGUCAGCUAAACGAACCCUGGGCCGGGACGUGCACCCCUGCCGGACUGGUCGUUAAGUCCAGUCUCCACCUGACGGGUUUCGGAUUCCUGGCCCGAGUUAAUCCCGAGAUCUCCCCUGCCGGGGACCACGCUGUCAGUCCUGCCCGUCUCGGUAAGAAUUUUCCAAAAUACACGUGCGUCCUGAGCAAGAUCGCACAAACCGUGCACUUAGAUCAUAGCAGGGUCAGUAAUGGCUUGAGGCCUGGUCGGCCCUCGAGCAACCCCGAAGGCUGAGACGAUGCCAUCCAAGACAGCCCUAUGGACACCUACUGCUUCAGAACCUUCACGGCGAAGAGGGAGGCUGCAGAUGGCACCAUAAUCGGGCCGCGUGCAGUAGCCAAGACGGCGAAUGGAGGAUCAAAUGACUGUCACUGCAACAGCGCCUCCCCCACGACGGAAUCAAUAGAAAUCACACCACAUGAGCCAGUCCUCCUAAGGCUCUGGCCAAGUGCUGUGACCGGAGGAAAGUUGCACGUCCCGAAUUAUCCCGCCACAGAGGCAUGCAUAGCCGACAUCCCGAAGAUUGGGCAAGCUGUCGACCAACUUUCGUAGGCCACAAUUGUGCUGGUUUGUGGAGGAACUUAUCGAAGACCGAAGCACACUCGCCAACCCGUCGUCUGCACUUCUUCGUUUAAAAGCGUCGACCUGGGAUAGUUGAGGGCUUCAAAAAUGAGCACAGCUGCGUACGGUAGCUGGCGAGCUACCUCUACUACUACUACCACUACUACUACUAUUACUACUACUACUACUACUACUACUACUACUACUACUACUACUACUACUACUACUACUACUACUACUACUACUACUACUACUACUACUACUACUACUACUACUACUACUACAACUACUACUACUACUACUACUACUACUACUACUACUACUACUACUACUACUACUACUAUUACUACUACUACUAUCACUGCCACCGCAACCACCAUCAAUACCACCACUACUACCGCUAA